AUGGCGGAACAGCGAGAUUUAGGUCUUCUCUUCAACUGCCCCUACUAUCCCGAAUGCGACCACUCCAUUUCUAUCCACCAAAAGUCGAACAUGCGCAGUCAUCUAAGAAGCAAGCAUGGCGAAGGCAAACUGUCUUGUCCAGAGGACUCCUGUGACUACGAGACCGUCGAUAACGCCAAUCUCACACGACACCGACAGAACAAGCACGGGUACGAGCCUAUCCGCAGAGCUGAGCGGGACGAUGGUGGAGACCGACCAGCGAAGCGCGUUAAAACGAGCCAUAAGAUUGCCCAGGGAAGCAUCUCUCCCCCCGAAUCAACUGGACUCGACAACUUGCCCUUGCCACCCACCCUAGCUGCACCAGCCGUUCACUUUGCGCCACUGCCAGUGUACCCCAACUCUGAAUCCGAAUAUCAUUAUGCCACCACUGCCACACCGUUCGGUGGCGCCGACAUUCCUCGCGCCGCUAUGCACAGGAACACGCGCCCGCCGCUUCCGUUCCGACAGUCCGACUCGAACAUGGUUACUACCAGUGGCGCAAUCGCGACAAACGCGCCAUUGGUACAACAGAUUCAUCAUUUUGGAACCCCAGGACCCGCAUUCCACUCAAAUGUUCCCGAUGCACCACAAUUCAUUGACACCUGGCCGAUGACCUAUACAGGACAUGCUUCUUCUUACCCCUUCGAGCCUGAAAACGUUUCACAACCUGCGGCACCUCCUGUUUACGAGGAUGGAGCUUGGACUGGUGCAGGCACGGUCGUUAUUCCCCAACCGCAAAAAUGGAUCGACCCCCAGUCCCAGUGGCAACUUUUCGCUCCUCAGGGACCCCACGACGGUUUCGGUCCACCCUGUACGGUCGCCCCUGAGGACUUCUUCAGGAACGCGUACCUUACCAGUCCCUUCGUCGAGCUCCCUGCGACGGCCAUGGGUAGCGGACUCCCGAGCUCUUCAAGACAGUCGGCGCUACUAGUAGCCAGGGCGACACCCGUCCCGGGCCACGAUGCUCGUGCCACGCCUUCUCCUCACCUUGCUCAGUUGAGCGGGAAUGCCACGGAGUCCGACGAGUCUUUAGUUGCCUUCCUGGCUACGAUAUCUGACACCAGGCCCGCGGGCAGUCAUUGGCAGCAACCGGAAGUCCCUCAGGAAAGCGAGUUCCCUGAAUAUCAUGACCUGGCUGCCACCGCAGAGACACUACCGUCUGCUACCCAUACCGGCCUGCACCACUUGGACGAUGCGCAUUAUUUGUGGAGAGCCGGUCCAGGCGGCGAUUAUGGUGUUGGUGAUAUCACGAGCGGUGACCAAAUACCGGCUGUUCGCCUCCAGGGAGGGGUGUAUUGA